AUGUCGUUGAAACCAUUUACCUAUCCGUUGCCUGAAACAAGGUUUCUUCACGCAGGCAGGCUUGUGUACAAAUUUAAAAUCCGAUAUGGCAACUUCAACAGUGCUCCUGACCUCAACAACACUGGAAGUGCUGUCAAGGAGUUAGAGGAAGCAAUUCGAGUAAUCCUUGGAAAUCUUGAUGAUUUACAUCCAUUUUCUACAGACCACUUCACUAUCUUUCCAUAUUUGAGUAAAUGGGAGAGAGUAUCGAAGAUGAGAUUCAAACAUGAGAAUGUCAGUCUUGUGCCUUAUCCCUACAUUUGUACUAUGUAUCUAGAACUCAACUCAUUUCAGCAAACUGUAUCUUGUGGUAAAGACGUAAACAAGGGCAGUGAUGAGCUUGUCAAGAGAAGAAAUGAAGUGUCAGAAAGUCCUGCAGUAGAAGAAACAGUGAAGAGGAGAAGAGUAGAAGUUGGAGCAGAGACUUCAUGCCCCCAGUCGAAUAUGGACAGAACUGGAGCCAAGUGCGUUCACCAUAUGAGUAAAGCAAAGCAUGGAUUUGAAACGAAUUCCUCCAAAGAAAAUGAAUGUGAGUUUAGUCCAGCAUCCCUUACCGUGGGCUGGAGAGCCGUGGAAUCUGACCUGGAACAAAGAGCAGCAACUGGUCAGGCUGAGGGUGCAAAGCAGCUACUGCAGCAAAUGGACCAAGUUGUAAACAAAGGAAAGGUGGAAUCAGAAGGAAGAGGUCUCUCAAAGUUCUGGAGAAGCGUAAUCUUUUCUCCACUACAGCAUCUUUUUGGUGGAAAGAACUGA